GGCCAGCCUGACAGGUUGCUGCCCGCAUCACCAUGGCUGUGUUGCUGGUCCCAGGACGACACGAACGGAAAGAUCUCGAGGGGGAAACGCUAUUGAGGGUCUCCGACAUUCGAGUUCUCGGUUGGGUGGUGGUAAGAGGCCGACGCACCUGUGGUUCUGCCUGUAUUCACAGAUUGGUUGCGGAAACCUCCUCGCGCAGUUGCUGCACGGCUGGCCUUGGUUGCACUAUGACAGAUCAGCAGGGUGUUACUCUCUGGAACAGGCUGAGUAUUGAGUUCCUUGCAGACCUGAACUUUGGAGUGUCUGUGAUAAACAUCUGGGUGCUUGUGGGGGAGAUGGCGGUGGCGGCAGGGAAGGACACAUCUAAGUGCAUUCCAGACCAUUGACAGAAUGAUUGAUCGACGUUACUUUUUGCUUCCUUCGCCUACAUUCGCCGCACGACGUUGUCAUCCGCUCUGCACGAGGAGGCCGUGGCACAGUAGUCUGCAUCUGUUCGGACAUUGCCCCGCUGAAGUCUUACACAGGGACACCUGCGUACACUAAGAGCCCACAGGGACCAUAGGGCUGACUUAUAAAAUGGAAACCCUAUUUAGGGCUCAAACAAGGAUGGUAUGGCUGGUCCCGAGCAUGCAAGGGUUCGGACUUG